CUGGAAUAGUCCUCCCCUACCUGCUCGGCCCUAAGCCUCUACAGCCCCCUACCUGGGGAAAAGAGCCCUGUACUCCCUCACGCCCACUCCCUCAUCUUUUCCUCAGCGUCUGCCGGAUUUACCUAAUAUGAAUCCAGCCCUCUCUUCCUGACAAGCACUUAAGUAUCACGACUUUUGUACACGGACAUUCGUAUCUGUCAGGACAUGUCUUUUGGCCCUGGCGACUCGCCGUCGCCCGUGCGGAGGCGUUCACUAGUUGAGGUGAUGGCGACUGGGCCGCCGGAUUCGCAAGCGCGAUUCGGUCAGUCCGUGAAGGGGCUUCUCACGGAGAAGGUGAACACCUGCGGCACUGACGUGAUCGCGCUCACUAAGCAAGUGCUGAAGGGUUCCCGCAGCUCUGAGCUGCUAGGCCAGGCAGCUCGAAACAUGGUACUACAGGAAGACGCCAUCUUGCACUCGGAAGAUAGUUUAAGGAAAAUGGCAAUAAUAACAACACAUCUUCAAUACCAGCAAGAAGCUAUUCAGAAAAAUGUUGAGCAGUCGUCUGAUCUACAGGACCAAUUGAAUCAUCUGUUGAAAUAGAACAGCUUAUAAGAAGGCUUUCCCUGAUGCUGAAGAGAAGACAUUUUGCACAACCAUUUAUGCUGUGGGUUUGAUUUUCCAUUUUCUUCUUCAAAAGUUAAGGUAGAAAAGAUUUGGGAUAAUGUACAAUUUCUCCUGAAAAGAAGCUAGGUGGUUGAAUUUUGGAAGCACUCUUGAAUCAGACUAACCCAUGCUCUUAUUGAAUUUUUAAGUUGUUCUAGUUUUUUAAGUUGUUCUAUUAGUUUUAUAUUAAAUCAAGAUUUAAAAAUGUCUUAGUUUUUCCCAUAGAACUUGAAUGUCAAAAGCCAUAUUGUUUAAAGGUGAUUCUUAAGCAAAUACUGAAUAGUGUUUUCAAUUCAGAAAUAGAUCUUCUAUUGUGAACAUAUAUGAAUGAUAAAUACUAUUUUUAAAGAACUUUUCUUUAAAUCAUACAUUGAGAAAAUAUUUUAAUUUCACAGAAUGGUGAUAGGCAAUAGCCGUUGUUUCCUUUUCUAGUAACUCAGAGGAGAUACUGAUUUUAUUUGUUGUAGCAAAUUCCUAAAUGAAAAUUAGGCAAAUUAUAUCAUAUCUGGACAGCUGCAAACUCUUGCCUUGACCUGCAUUCCUAGGAUUUCUUAGUUGUUUAAGACUCUUGAUUAAAUGGCCUUGGGUUUAUUUUGUAAUUUUGCUAGUAAUCAGCAAAUUCACUUGUAUAACAUUAUUGCCAAAUACGAAGGCAGUUGAAUUCCGGUGAGUGAUUGUUGUUUAGGGUUGUGCCAUGGGGAAACCCUUACGUUUGUAGACAUUUACCUGUGUUCAUUGAAUUCAUCUUGUUAAAUGGCAUGACUUUACCAUUGUCUAUAGUCACGUCUCAGUGUCUUUACUUUGUUUGAGUUUUAAAUGGGACUCUAUUUUGUUCCAGUUCAGUUCUUCAUGUACUAAGGGUUUGGGAGAAAGUUGACAUAAGAAAAUGAUGUUUUCACUGAAACAAAACAUGAAUUCAGUUUAAUCCGUAUUAUAUGUCAUCGAGUUGACUAAUCAUAUUUGUCCCUCAUUGUACAUAUACACGUUAACUUAAGAUUUAAAAAAAAAAAGUAUGAAGGAAUUCACUUAAUGCAUUUAUUCUAUAAACAUUUAUUACAAUUAUUAAAUGUAAACAGGCUCAGUUUACCUUAAAAAGAAAGGUUGCAAACUUUCCGCAAAUGUCACAUUAAGAGUAAAAUAUUUGAAGUGUUAUCUGAGGAUGUUACUAUCACUGUUUCUAAUCAACAUUUAGCUGGUGGCCAUACCCAGGGCAGAAAUUAAAAAUAGGUAUAGCUAUUAGCAAUGAAGAGACAAAAUUGUUAUUAUCAUAUGAUAGGAUUAUCUACUUAGAAAAUCCGAGGACUAAUUAAAAAAAAAAGGUUUGCCAACUUAGAAAGCAAAAGUCCCAUCAUCCAAGAACCAAAAAGAAAUACUUAAGAUAAAAAAAAGAUUAAAGGUAUGGUCUAAGUUUUUUUCAUCAUGUUGGAACAAACAUGAAGAAGCAGUUUAGAAUCUUGGAAGUAAUUGAAUCCAGUCCCUUUGCCUCAGCUCUGCAUCUCUGGCAAGUA